GUGGCGGUCCACUGCCUAGCAACAUUGUGGCCGCCCAGGCCAACGUGGCCCAGAAGCCGAUCAUCUCGAUGGAGGAUGACGACAUCUCCGACCAGGAGAGCUUCAUCGAGGAGAACAGCCCGUUCCGGUCGCUCACCCAGCUGCUGGAGGCCGAAAAGUCCGUCUACCUGGCGGUGUUUCUGAACUUUGUGCUCACCAACUCCGACCCGUCCGCGCUGCUGUUCUACCUCAUCACGACGCUCUACAAGGAGGGCAGCAUCAAGGAUAUGCGCAAGUGGGCGUACGAGAUUCACUCGACAUUCCUGGUCCCGGGGGCACCGCUGCUGUGCGCCAACGUGGACGAGGCGCUGGCGCGCGAAAUCGACGACGUGCUGCAGAAGGAGAACGACAAGGUGGAGAUCCUGCGCAAGGUGUUCUGGCGCAGCCGGCUGAAGGCGAAGGAGAGCAUCACGCAGCAGCUGCAGCAGUUUCAGACGAAGCGUACCGCGGGCCUGGGCACGAUGUACGGCCCGAACGAUCAGCAGCUGCAGAUGGCCAAGGGUGACAAGGUGAAGGAGCAGCGCAUCGUGGAGGAAACGCUCCUGCCCAAGUUGCAGCAGUAUCUCGACGAGAUCGAACGAGAGUCACCGAAGGAGGACGCGAAACGGUCGGCCCUCUGUUCCGCCCUGUCGACCGUGCUCCAGCGGUUCUUUGUGACGCGCUCCAACCCGGGCAGCCCGAUCGACAAGGUGCACCACUUUGUGAGCCGCGAAAAGAGCUUCAAGAGCCGGCUGAUGGCGAACAAGAACCGCAAGCAAACCAUCCUCGGCCACUACCUGCACCUGCAGCCGUACUACGAGGUGACGCGCUGCAACCACUGUCAGAACAUCCUGUGGGGUGUCAGCCCGCAGGGUUAUCACUGCACCAACUGCGAACUAAACAUCCAUCGGGCAUGUGCAAAGGAACUGAACGAGUGCUGCCCGGGGCCGGCUACUCAAAAGAACGAUAGCAAAAUCACUAAACUCAUGGAGAAAAUCUCAAGCCGCAAUCACCAUCAAGAUAAGUCCCGGCGUCACGAUGAUGAGGCGGCAGCGGACGAGUCCACCGUUGGAGAACGUGGCGCAAACAUAUCAUUGGCUCGCCAGCCGUCGGAUCGCCGGCAGGAUUCGAGCGGACACCUCGGCAACACUAGCGGCACGGCCGACCAUCUCAGCACCUCCACCUCCGAUGCUUACGGUUACAAGCAGGUCGCCGACGACGAUCAGUUCCGCGAGAACGUAAAAUCGAAAUCGGCCCCCGUGUCCGUUAACCGAUCGGAGUCGUACAAGGAGCGUUCGCAGAAGAAAACCCGGACCACGCGACGGAAAACGUCCGAUCCGAGCCUGACGAAAACGGCUGACGAACAGAAUGAAGCGUCCUCGUUGGCCAACAACAACUAUUCCAGCAGUUCCACAUCUAGUCUUCCAUUGGCCUUGGACAGCCGGUCGACCUCGCUGGAGGCGGUCGGUGGUAGCGGUGGUGCAACGACAGCGGCUUCCUCGGCUGGUCCAGCGGGAGCCGCCACCGCCAGCGGAGCACUCCCAACGCAUUCGCCCGGAGCCGCCGGUCUGCUGUCGGCUUCGUUAUCGGGUACUGGCGCGGGCAGCGCCAGUGGAACGGCCGGAGGCGCCGGAACCACCGUUCCGACGGCCCGCGAGUGGAUCGACAGCGAGGACGAGGGCACGGCCGAACCGGAGGCGGACUGGAGCUCGAACAUACCGCCGGAAAUACUCUCCUCGAUCAGUGAUCUCGAAAAGAAGCGCCAGGAGGUGAUCAAUGAAAUAUACCAAACCGAGCGGAACCACGUGCGCACGCUCAGGCUACUGGAGGGAAUCUUCAUGCGGCCGCUCCAAGAGUCCGGCGCGCUUCCGCUCGAGCUGCUGAACCUGCUGUUUCCCCACUCGCUGAUCCACCUGAAGGAUCUGCACGGUGCGUUCGAGUUCAAGCUCAAACAGCGACGCAGCGAGCACGUGAAUGUGGUGCGCGAGAUCGGCGACCUGCUACUCUCGAUGUUUGACGGCCACAGCGGUGAGGAGCUGCGCGAACACGCGGCCCAUUUCUGUGCCCGCCAGCAGAUUGCGCUCGAGGCGCUCAAGGAGCGGCGGAAAAAGGACGAACACUUGCAGCGUUUGCUGAUCAAGGCGGAAUCGCACAAGGCGUGCCGUCGGUUGCAGCUCAAGGACCUACUGCCGACGGCGCUGCAGCGGCUCACGAAGUACCCGCUGCUGUUCGACAACCUGUACAACUUUACCGUGCGCAGUGCGCCGAAGAACGAGGGUGAGGCGCACGCCAUCCGGAAGUCGCUCGUCUCCGCCAAACGGAUCCUCGACCACGUCAAUCAGGCGGUGCGCACCGAGGAGGAUAUGCAUAAGUUAUUAACAAUCCAACGGAAGCUCGAUAAGAGCGGGCUGGAUAAGGACGCUUCUAGUGAAUUUAGGAAUAUUGAUCUUACCGUACGCAAGCUCGUCCACGAUGGGACGUUAACGAUGAAGAAGAAUCCCGGCGUACAGCUGCACGGACUGUUGUUUGAAGAUAUCAUGGUGUUGCUCCAGAAGCAGGACGACAAAUAUCUUCUCAAGUAUCACUCUAGUCCCGGUCUCGGUGGAAGCGAAAGCAAGUACGCCGAGGGCCGUUUCAAUCCGAUCACCAAAAUCAAUCUCAUUCUGGUGCGACAGAGCGCGGUCGAUAAGAACACGUUCUUCCUGAUCAACACGAACGUGUCGCAGAUGCUGGAACUGACCGCACCGAGCAGUACCGAGUGCAAAACGUGGUUCAAACACAUCUCGGAAGCUGCCGAUGCGUACAAAGCACGUACCAAAGGAACGCACGAGUACGGCGACGAUGGGCCGGGAGGGGCCGGCCACCCGCCAAAGGAUAGCUUCGAGACGGUGACCGAGACGCAGAAGAUCGAGCAAACGUCAACCCCGAUCGAGCGGCUAGAGCGCAAGGAUACGCAGUGCCGGGCGGUGAGCAGUAGCGCCGGCCACCAUCACCAUCACCACCACCACCAGCCCCCGUCGCCGGCGGGCCACCACGGCACCAGCGCGGUCGGUCACCCGUCUCCAGCCAUCGGUCCCGGCAGUGGGAACCGUACCUCGUCCACGGACGAUGAACCGCAACCGGCCGGCGGCGGUGGUGGUGCCGGUGGUAAAGGGCGCUCGGGGGCCAACGAGGCGGACGACAAUCUCGAGAACGAGGAGAAGGAAAAGUUCAAACGCCGGCAGCGUGCUGGAGCCACGCAGGACUGUAACGGUGGAAGCCGAUCCGCGUCCUCGUCGUCUGCUGCAUCGGCAUCGGGAUCGGAUUGUGACGAUGGCGAGGGGCGGAAACACGCGGACAGCAACGAGCGGCGUCGUCGCCGCGGGGCCGGUGACCGGCGGGGAAGCAACAACACGCGAACGCUCACGCAACAGUGUUCACUGGUGGCCCCGAGCGAAAUCCACGUCAGCGUGAGCUCCACGCUGACCGCCGAACCGAUCCUGACACCGGCCGAGCAACUGCGGCGGUACGAUCAGCUGAUACAGAAGACGCUCGCCAGCAAGCAGCGCGUCGUGUGCGACAUGUUCAAGGUGCCAGACGAGCAUUUCCAGGCGAUCGCGGACAUCGCGGCCCAACCGGAAGCACCGAAGGAACCGACCGAUAUCGUGCUGGCCGCGUUCGCGUACGGCCAGUCGCUGCUGGAGAUCCUGAACGAGCACACGCACGUGACGGACUGCCAGCAGAUCAGUGCCGUGUCGAGUGGCGCGCUCUGCGAUGAGUGCGUCGGCCGCGGCAAGAACAUUCCCCCUCCGUCGAGUGCCACCAAAGAAACGCCGAUCGAGCCGACCGUACCGACGAUAGCUAGCGGCGGCACCGCUGGUGGUGGGGGUCCGCUCUCCGGGAUCGCCACCGCCGUCGAUGGACCCGCAGUUGCAGUAUUACCGGCGACAGCCGGCACCGGUGGUCCCGUCCCACCGAUCGCCACGGUCGUGUCGGAUCAAACCGUAAGCAUAACGGAGGACGAGGACGGUUACUGUGAAAUCGAUGAAGUGAGAGCCGCCGCCGUACUGAUGGCGGAGAACGAGAAAGCCAGAAAGCUGACGGAAGCUGCUGCUGCUGCGGCUGCUGCUGCCACGGCAGCUCCGAAUGCCGUCGAUGCCACCCUGGACGAGGGAACGACGGCCGGUGGACGUGCUGCUGCAAAGUGUCCCGAUUCGCACAUAGAAAUCAACGACAAUUACGACUCGACACUGAGUCCCUCCAUGACCCCGAAAUACUCCAGCGCACUGGGAGCGGAACUGUGCGGCAAAAAUCGCCUACUGCACGCCACGUCCCUCGCCCCGACCGUACCGUGCCAUCUGAUAGCGAACUACGUCACUGGGCUGAAUGCCCAGAUUUCACAGCUUCUGCACAAGAUCAGUGAAAAGGACAUGGAGCGUGAACAGCUGCGAAGGGAGAAUCAACACCUGCGGGAACUGCUGAAUGCAAUGCAUCAGGAGCGAGUGUUAGAAUCACAGGAAACCACUCAAGAUCAGCCACCGCCCGAACAGGGAGACGAUCCAGCGGCACCACCACAAGCAUCUUCCGCGGUAAUCAGUUCGGAGGGAUCCACUACCCAACAGCAGCAGCAACCAACACCGACAGAGGAACCGACGGAACAUGCAUAAAAACGUGCGCUUCCGGCAAUCGGCAACCACCAGGAGGGGAUGCCCCAAAACCGGCCGAAGCAAGCUAGCGAAAUCCACUAGGCCAGGAAGCAUUCGCUACUUAUGCACCGUUCGGGGUAUUAUGUGUGAAGCGAACGGUUGGAUUGUGAAUCAACGUAACAUGCCUUAAGAGUAGUAGGGGAGUCCUAGUAGAGCCCUAUUAGAGGGAAGAGCCACCUUUUGCCCUGCUCUCGCGUUCUGUGUGUGCACGAUGACAACACGAAGGCAUAAUUCGCGCUUCAUUAUGCCGAUUUCGGUUUCGCUUUCCGAUUCGAUGUGGUUUUCGAGUGGCCAGAAAGGAGUUGCCUAGCGGGGGGUCAGAAGAGGGUUUAUUCUGCUGCUGAACGACUCAAACAAGAGAAAAAAAUGUUCCUUCAUGCACACACCACUCAUUUUAUUAUACACACUCCUUUCUUUCCUUUUUGUGUAAAGUUUAUAAGCACGCAACCAACCACACGCUGUUACGGGGAAGCCCGCGCUCCCGCGUUGUAAUUGAUCCGUUCUUGUUCCCGAGGUCUACGAGUGUGCGCGCGUGCCUUUCGUCUUUCCCUUUUGUCUCGUCCGCAUGGUUAUUACAUAGAGAGUACGUUUAUUUUAUUAUCAUUAUUAUUGUUAAAAGUAAUCUUAUUAUCUUUAGUAAUAUUAUGCAGAAAAGAUGAUGAUUAUUAUUACGUUUACUAUUACUGUGUCCAUGUUGGGGCGUGCGUUAGCACGGAGCACUGCUUUGGCGUGAUGGGCUUCUUCCGUGGCUUUCGGGGCCACCAAAAACAACAAAAAAGCAGAAGGAUGUGCAAAUUUCGUAGUGGAAAACAAAAAAAAAAAAAAAAAGCAAAACAAAAUUGAAACCGCUCUGAAGCUUUUGGAACGAGCCAAAACUUUCCCGGGUGAAGGCGGAAAACGAGCGGAGCACACACCACACGGCACAGCACGCACAUGCUCUAAGCUUAAAACAUGCUAAAUUAUUUAUUGUACAUUGUUUCCUCUUUUUUUUUUGUUUUUCCUCUGUUCCGGGCGCACGAGCGUAUGUAUUGUAUAAAGCAAAUAUAUAUCCAAGCGAUAGGACUCUCUAACUCUCUCUCUCUCUCUCUCUCUCUCUCUCUGUUAUUAGUAAUACUAACCAAACUGUGUAGAGCGAAAGAGCAAGAGAGCGAGAGAGGGAGAGGAAGAGACAGUUUCCAGGACAGUAAACUAAGGCAAACCGAGUUACUCUUCCAAAGCCACAGAUAAUCACAGCAAAUGAGCCACACGGUGUUAGCUACAGUUGAGAAGAGGAAAGAAGAUGAAACAAAUUGCAAAUAUAAACCCAGAACCCACUGUACAAAACUAUCACAGCGCAAUCACUUACUUCCCUUCCCUGGAAUGUGGCUUCUAAUCAAUAAAUAUGCCGAAUGAGAAUGAAAGCACCAUCGGCAGUGGGCUGCCGGUCCGGCUGCUCCGGCCUUUCAUUUUGCAAAAACAACCACCUAAGGGACGCUCUACCCGAAUCAUAGUGCGCGUCGUUGCCGAUUGUGUAGUAUCUAGUAACCAUUGGAACAAUCAUGCUUACCAACACCAACCGAUUUAGCCCGUUUUUCUCUCGAAACGAAAGUGAAAGUGUCUGUGGGUCUCUCCUAUGCGCGCAGGUUAGUUUUUUAUCCGAAUUUUCAGACCAAACUCACCUGUACACGCCGAUCGGUGUGUGUUCCUCUGUUCCUGCUCCUUGUGAUAUUUGAACAAACUAAAAAGCGCACCUUUUCGGGCCAUCGGGCUACAGCUAACAAGCUUCACACUGAGUGGAUGUUACAACACUAUGCUUUCCAUCAACGUUUGCCAUGCUUCUGAUCGGUGCACGGUUUACGUUCUUUGGAACGAAAGUUAACGUCUUUUGCUCUAAAGGAAUCUUUAAGAAAUAGACACCGGAGCGUAGCCUAUUUAGCAAGAGCACUCCACCAGCAUCUCACUACAACAAAUAUCGCAACAAUGGACUCUGUUUCACUCUUGUGCAAUCAAUCCCCACGCAUCCAUGCACGCAACACCCUUUGUGUUGGGCAGCUUCUGCUCGUGCUUUCAUGGCCGCGAAGUGCGCUAAGCAUAAAAUUACAAAGAAAACAACAAAUAACAUAAAAAUAAGGAGAAAUAUAUUAGUGAGAAAAUGCCUUAUUUUGCGAACCAAAAACUAACAGCAUGGUUUGGGCGAGCGAAACACAGUUGCGCAGCGAAGAAGGACAUCCUUCGGCAACGUUGUUGAGCGUCGUGAGCACAGAGGGGCCCAACGUUUUCGAUACACGGUGUGAGGCGAAGUGAACUUGUUUAGCGCCAGCAAUAACAAAAAAGGAAGAUGAUCGGUGCAAAGUGUUUUGGAAUUGUGGCGAUAACAUUUGAGACAGAGUACGAGUACGGUAGCAAAAAGGAGCUGGAAAGGAGUAUGUUAGAACGUUUCAUUUUGUCAAAUGUGUGUGGCGCAAUGCAUUUUCCAAAUAGCCUUCAACCUUUGAUACUAUCUACUACACUACGCUACCAAAUAAUCGCGUGAACACCACACGACCCAUUAACGCUAUCGGGCUGUGGCUGCGAAUUGAUCGUAACAGUAGUGCGCGGCAUACAAAACUAGAGGACCGUGUUUGUCCGAGCGAUACUAUGAGAUCUGUCCAACAAAAUGGUGGCAUUAGAAACGACGGCCCCUAAUCAAAGAGGCAAGCGCUGCAUUACGAUUGAUACGAUUUACAUUAAACAAAUCAAAUUAAAGAACUGAUUUCCAUUGCGUGUGAACAAGGGAAGAAGUGGGAACGGUUUAUACAGCAUCAAAAAAGAGGUAACGUGUAACGGAGGGGACAGAGAAGCGAUUUGCUUGUUGCAGGACAACAAGCAAAAUAGUAUGUUUUGCCAGUUUCAUUGUUAGUUCUUGGAGCGUGUUUCGAGAACGGGACGGCUCAAGCCGCCCCCAAUCAACACGUUGCUCGCGGUUCCAUCGAACGAGCUGGAAACCUUUUUUGUUUGGAAUACUAUUUAUUUUACUUUGACAUUGGUCCAUUCGGAGGAGUUUUGAAUCGAUCCCGAACGAGGCGAGCAGGCCUCUUAUGCCUUUUGUAACGAGCCCGGUUAACAUGCGGAACGCCGGCGGGACGGACGGAUAUAACGCAAUGAAACGGAAGCAUUACUUAUAUCUUAUAACAAAAGAAAAAAAAAACCCCAUAAUCACAGACACACCCACACAAACACUGUGCGCACGCUGGUGUAGCAAAGAGAACAGUUAUGUAAUGUAAAAUAAACU